AUGAUCAGAGACUUCUGGUGGGGUUGUGAACAAGGGAAUCGAGGCUUAUGCUUAAAGGCUUGGGACCGCUUAUGCCUCCCAAAAUCUAGAGGUGGGCUUGGUUUUCGAAAGACUCUUGAAAUGAAUCAAGCGUUAUUGGCCAAGUGGGGUUGGGCUCUCCUCAAUGAUGAGCAAUCCUUAUGUUGUAAAGUUCUUAAAGCUAAGUACUUAAGAGGAAAGCCGUUCUUGGAGUGCUCUUUUAAAAGUUCAGACUCUUGGUUUUGGAAGAAUGUGGCGGAGUCCAAAGAUAUCCUGAAGAAAGGUGUGUGUAAAAAGAUUUCUGAUGGGAAAGAGACUAAUAUCUGGACUGACCCGCGGCAAGGGGUUCUACCCAAAGGCCAAUAG